AUGUCAAAUAAAAUACAUGAGUAUUUCGAUACCGCGUAUUCCCAAUGGAAUAUUCGUGAUUUUUUGGAUAAGUGUAAUUUGGAACCAUUCGGACAGAAGAUAGCAUGUUAUAUUAGAUCUCUCGAGACUAUAGCUAGUUGUGAGACAGAUCACAGGCGCGAAAGAGCAAAGGAACUGCUUGAUAGAUAUAAAGAGGCGACCAGUGUUGGAGCGUAUACGACCUACGAGUCGUCUUACGUUCAAGGCUUCGACCGAUCUAACACUGGCCCUGCUGAGGCGUAUAUUCCCUACGAGGAAUCUUACGUUCAAGGCUUCGACCGACCUAGCAGGGGUACUCGACCAGAUCGCAAACUGGCAAGAAAUUGGGAUAAGGAGCGUUCUCAUAAGUGUAAAUCAGUUGAGCCUUCAGUUCACGUCCACCACCCGACAUUUAUAGGAGGUGGGACUGUUAGCGGAAUUAUAAACUCUGAAACCUUCGCUUCCGGGUCAUCAGACAAGGAUCAGAAAAAGGCACAGGAUCCAGUGGACAAGAUCAACGCCUUCUUCACAGAUUCUACUGGCGUAAAGGUAACAAAAUUUGUCGAGAAACUUCGGGAAUUAAGUGAUGACUCCAAAAAAACAUUUAACGGCGAGGAUAAAGUUGAAUCUGAAUUGCAGAACUCCCCUUCUGCAUCUAAUGAUAAUGGUUCGAAUUAUAUGCCAAG